AUGGUGCAUUUAAUUAUUCACUUAUUUUUGCUUUUGGCGUUUCUCAAAGUUAUUAACAUUAAGCUGUCCCAAUUGUUGACCUUUAAUAGAGGACGUGCUACGGAUCCGAACGUAUCAUAUUUGGAACCAAUGCAAAAAAGAAAGCGUUCCUUUGCAUAUUUAUGUAAUACUAACAUUUCUUUUAUUGAAAUUAAUCCUCAAAAAGGAGAUUUGAAAAGUCUUUGUCUAUUUUACGAUGACAUUAGUUCUUGCAUUCGUUUACUGGAAAUAAAUCAUGGCUCGCAAGUCUUUCUCAUCGUAUGGUUGAUGUUUUCAAACACAGUUAUUGGUGUAACAAUGAUCAUUGUGACUGAGAAAAUUCUGCCCUGGCUUGUAAUUUCCAAAAGUGCUGAGCUUUUUAUAUGGUAUUAUCUGGCCUGCUAUAUAAGCGAACAAAUCGGAAAUGAAGUGAAGGAAACUGAGCUUCUCAUUAUUAAACAUGUAAUCGAUUUUCGAUGUGAUGAACCGAAAAGAAACCUCUUGAUGACUUUUAAACAAUUAGUAUCCAGCUAUCAGAUUCGAUUUACCGCCUGCAAUUUAUUUCAUCUAAAUUAUGGCACAAUGUUGGGAACAAUCGUAAGUGUCAUUACUUACAGCAUCAUAUUGAACCAAUUGUUUUGGAGCGGUUGA